AUGGCUGCUUCAGGGGUGCAACUGAAUGUUCAAGUUGAUCAUGUGGUGAUAGAUAAUGGCAUACUCCAACUCACAUUAUCAAAUCCAGGGGGAAUUGUCACCGGUAUUCAAUACAAUGGAAUCGAUAACUUGGUUGAACUUCGCAAUCCGGAAUUGAAUGGAGGGUUCUGGGACCUUAAUUGGAGUGAACCAGACAGUGCAAAGACAAGGGGAAAAUUCGAUACGAUUGAAGGGACAAUUUUUAAGGUUAUAGUGGAGAAUGAGGAACAGGUAGAGCUCUCAUUCACACGACCAUGGGAUCCUUCGCUCCGGGACAAGCAAGCCCCCUUACACAUAGAAAAAAGGUUUAUAAUGCUUUGCGAUUCCUCGGGAUUCUACAGCUAUGCCAUUUUUGAACACUCGGAGGACAUGCCUGCUUUCAACCUCAACACAACCAGGAUUGCCUUCAUGCUCAACAAAGACAAGUUCCAUUACAUGGCUGUAGCAGAUAACAGGCAACGAUACAUGCCCCAGCCGGAGGAUCGAAUGCCAGGAAGAGGUCAAGAACUGGCCUACCCGGAAGCAAUGCUACUUGUCAACCCCCUAGAGCCAGAAUUCAAAGGAGAGGUGGAUGAUAAGUACCAAUACUCAUGUGAGAACAGAGAUAACAAGGUUCACGGGUGGAUAUGCUUUGACCCGCCCGUGGGGUUCUGGCAAAUCACACCUAGUAAUGAGUUCAGAACUGGUGGACCAUUCAAACAGGACCUAACUUCCCAUGUGAACCCAUCAACCCUUGCUAUAUUUAUCACUUCUCAUUACGCGGGAGAGGAUCUUGUGGUAAAAUUAGGACAUGGUGAGGUGUGGAAGAAAGUUCUUGGUCCUGUUUUUAUUCAUCUUAACUCUGUGCUGGAUAGAAACAAUGCGCUUUUGCUCUGGAAAAAUGCAAAGGAACAGAUGAAUAUUGAAGUCCAAAGCUGGCCCUACAGUUUCCCAGCUUCCGAAGAUUUCCCACCGUCUGAUCAAAGGGGUACAAUUAGGGGCAAAUUACAAGUCCAAGACAGAUAUAUUAGCAUGGACUAUAUUCCAGCAAACGGCGCCUACGUUGGGUUAGCCCCUCCCGGAGAUGUUGGAUCAUGGCAAAGAGAAUGCAAGGGAUACCAAUUUUGGACCACAGCAGAUACAGAAGGCUACUUUACUAUCAAGAAUAUACGUGCAGACGACUACAAUCUUUAUGCAUGGGUCCCUGGUUUUAUAGGAGAUUACCGUUAUAGCGAUGUUUCUAUUACCAUAACCUCAGGGUGUGACAUUGAUAUGGGCAAUCUUGUGUAUCAACCUCCAAGAGAUGGGCCAACAUUGUGGGAAAUUGGCAUCCCCGAUCGUUCUGCUGCAGAAUUUUACAUUCCUGAUCCUAGUCCAAAGUAUAUUAACAAGCUUUACAUCAACCAUCCCGACAGGUUUAGGCAGUAUGGAUUAUGGGAGAGAUAUGCCGAUCUAUAUCCCGAUCAAGAUCUGAUUUACACUGUUGGCAUUAGUGACUACAAAAAGGAUUGGUUUUUUGCUCAAGUAACCAGGAAAACUGGUGAUAAGACAUAUAAAGGAACUACAUGGCAAAUCAAGUUCAAACUUGGCAAUGUGGAUCAAAGAGGAACCUACAAAUUGCGACUGGCACUUGCAUGUGCGCAUCAAUCUGAGUUGCAGGUUAGGAUUAAUGAUCCAGAAGCAAACCCUCCUCUAUUUUCAAGUGGUGUAAUUGGGAAGGACAAUGCUAUAGCAAGACAUGGCAUUCAUGGGCUCUAUUGGCUGUUCAAUGUGGACAUACCGGGCGCUAAACUCGUGCAAGGGAACAACACCAUGUAUUUGACACAAGCAAGGAACACUAGCCCUUUCCAAGGGAUCAUGUAUGAUUAUAUUCGUUUCGAAGGUGUGUCCGGAUCCUCUGCUGUAACCAACAACUGCUGUAGUGUGAUGUAAAAACUUUUAACACACUUAAAAUUCAUUUUCAGCACAUUUGUUCUAGAUCUCAGGAGAUGAUGCAUGUGUUGAAACACGUUUAACUGUGUUGAAAUCUGUUUUCAAAGUCGUUAUUUCUAGUUUCAACACACUUAAAUUGUGUUUCAAAAGUAUUGAAAUUGCGUUGAAAAACACUACAGCACGCUACA